GAAAAAGAAAAAGAAAUUAGAGCUAAGCAUCAAAGCAUUUAGCAAUAUGGCAAAAGCUUUUAACGUUCUCAUAGUUAUUCUUUACUUUUGGGCCUUAGUGGCUAACAACUUGCUGAAGCAAAACUUAUUCCGGUACAUACCUAUUGUGAUCCAUGUGGCGUUGGGAGGAUAACGCCGAUCUCUCACACCAUCACCAGCUCCGUAGUGACGGCAAAAUGCUGGAAGAAUGAUGAUCCCUCAUCUGUCGAGGGGAUGAUCGUAGCUCCCGAUGAUUAUUGCGCUGGUUUGUGCUACGUGGCGGUGCCAAAAAAAUUUGAUCCGGCGGCAGGCAGUUGUAAGGUCACCGUCGAGGAUUUAGAUGGUAAUUGCAGUUCCAUCCCUGCAUCUGGGUUUGUUGUGUGGCCAGACUCUGCUGAAGAAGCUUCUAUCGAACUGCCGAUGAAGCCUGCCACUAUUGAUCAAGCAGCAUGCAAAGGCGUAUGAUGGGGGAUCUUGCAUAUUUGGUCAUGUAAUCUUCUCUCUAUCCAAUUUUUACACUCCAUUUUGUUAUAUAUUACUAUUAAUAUUCAACAAAAUGGAUUAUUAAAAAAUGACGGAAUGAAGAAUAAUCGAGGAUUUAUAAUCCAUUCCUAUAUUACAGCUCAGUUCCCAUGUGUAAUACUUCAUCUGUUCCUAUUGAGUAGGCACAGUUUUGAACUUAAUUAACUUAGUUUGAAACUGUGUGUUCUAAACAGGGCUCAACGAAGUAUAAAGG